AUGUCGUCCUCGGAUGUCAGCCCCCUCGCCCUCAAGAUCUUUUAUGGAGCCUUUGCCCUGACACAGAUCACUGGCUUCGCAUUCAUGAUUUGCCUGAUGAAAUGGAUAUCCGGUUGGGGAGAUAUCCUCCCGCCCUCGAGGCGUGUUUGGCAUCCGAUUCUCGCCUCGUUGGGUUUGAUCAUCCUCCAGGGCGAGUCGAUCCUCAUCUUCAGACUCCUGCGCAAUGUCCGCAAAUCAGUGACCAAAUCCGUGCACGCAACUGUGCAUCUCGUGGCUUUUAUCUGCGUCUUCGCAGCUCUCGUCCUAGUUUUCUGGGAAAAACGAGGGUUCGGAAUCCCUGCGGGGAUCCAUGGUAGAUUGGGACUCUUCUCUGCCACCCUUUACCUGAUCCAAUACGUGGCGGCCUUCGUCACCUUCCUCGCCCCUGGAGCGACGAACAACUUCAGACAAACGCUACUGCCCGUGCAUAUCUUCGGUGGAAUAUUCAUCUUCUUGCUCAGCUGUCUCACGGUUUUCUCGAAGACUGCAGAAGUUUUCCCAGUGACUUCCACACUCCUUCUGUAUGCCCUUUGCCUUAGCGUAUCGGGAAAACGCCGAGUUGCAGAAUACGGUACUUAUUGA